AUGUUUACCGGUUUGAUCAGUUCGGUGAUGGUUCGAGGCCGUCUGUUCAAGCUGCUUUAUCUUGCCGUUCAGGUUGGGAAGGAUACAGUCAUGAUCUGGGCCAGCCCCCAAAGUUGCCGGGAUGGAUAUCCUUUGAUAUUUUCUCCUUCAAGAAACGAGGACAGGUCAUAUGCGCAGUUGGUGUUGUCCGUCGAAUGGUUGAACCUAUCCCAUUCUGUCCGAAAGUCUUUCAUCGGGUCUGUCUCGAACCACUUUUACAGGAGGUGGGUGUAUAAGUUCUAUUUCAUUCUGGUCCAAAAGUCUUUCAUCGGUCUCUUAAGAUGA